UGCGCGCGGACUAGGGGCGCGGGUCUGGAGACCCACAGCCACUGGAGAGGGCACGCGCUAGGAAGGGCACACGCGUGCGACUUUCAGGGCCCGCGGAACUGUCCGUCACUUCGAGUCCCCUGGAGCGCCGUGCGCCGGCUCCGAACAUUGGUGUUCGCAGCUGUUUUGGGGGCUGGAGGGUUCGUGGAGUCCUGGAACUGGAGCGACGCUGGGUCCUCUGGUUGUCCCCUGGAGGGGAGGGCACACGGGCGGGGACAUCGGGGCGCUCCCUUCUCACGGCGUGGUGCAUUUGAGCGUAACUCACCAGGAGGCGUUUCCUGAGACCCUCGGGGAACUUAGAGGAGAGCCAAGACUGAAGUUCAAGGCCCUGCCUUCCCUGUGUACUGACGUUUGUGGCUGGUCAAGUUCGGGAACAAGACGUUGUCAUCACAGAUGAAGAAGAUGUGGAUCCUCCAGGUCUUUCCUUGCCUUCAGAUCUUAGUUGAAGACUUCCUCCCUGAGCCUCCUGACAGAGAGUCAGCUUAGCGCUCUGUGGCCUGCCUGGCCACAUCCAUCCAACAUGGUGGACACAGAGAGCCCCAUCUGUCCUCUCUCCCCACUGGAGGCAGAUGACCUGGAAAGUCCCUUAUCUGAAGAAUUCUUACAAGAGAUGGGAAACAUUCAAGAGAUUUCUCAGUCCAUCGGUGAGGAGAGCUCUGGAAGCUUUGGUUUCGCAGACUACCAGUACUUAGGAAGCUGUCCGGGCUCCGAGGGCUCUGUCAUCACAGACACCCUCUCUCCAGCUUCCAGCCCUUCCUCAGUCAGCUGCCCCGUGAUCCCCGCCAGCACGGACGAGUCCCCCGGCAGUGCCCUGAACAUCGAGUGUCGAAUAUGUGGGGACAAGGCCUCAGGAUACCACUACGGAGUACACGCAUGUGAAGGCUGUAAGGGCUUCUUUCGGCGAACUAUUAGGCUAAAGCUGGUGUACGACAAGUGUGAUCGGAGCUGCAAGAUUCAGAAAAAGAACCGGAACAAAUGCCAGUACUGCCGUUUUCACAAGUGCCUGUCUGUCGGGAUGUCACACAAUGCAAUUCGCUUUGGAAGAAUGCCAAGAUCCGAAAAAGCAAAACUGAAAGCAGAAAUUCUUACUUGUGAACACGACCUGAAAGAUUCGGAAACUGCAGACCUCAAAUCUCUGGGCAAGAGAAUCCAUGAAGCCUACCUAAAGAACUUCAACAUGAACAAGGUCAAAGCCCGGGUCAUACUUGCGGGAAAGACCAGCAACAACCCGCCUUUUGUCAUACAUGACAUGGAGACCUUGUGUAUGGCCGAGAAGACGCUUGUGGCCAAGAUGGUGGCCAACGGCGUCGAAGACAAGGAGGCAGAGGUCCGAUUCUUCCACUGCUGCCAGUGCAUGUCCGUGGAGACCGUCACAGAGCUCACAGAAUUUGCCAAGGCUAUCCCAGGCUUUGCAAACUUGGACUUGAACGACCAAGUCACCUUGCUAAAGUACGGUGUGUAUGAAGCCAUCUUCACGAUGCUGUCCUCCUUGAUGAACAAAGACGGGAUGCUGAUCGCGUACGGCAAUGGCUUCAUCACACGUGAGUUCCUAAAAAACCUGAGGAAGCCGUUCUGUGACAUCAUGGAACCCAAGUUUGACUUCGCUAUGAAGUUCAAUGCCUUAGAACUGGAUGACAGUGACAUUUCCCUGUUUGUGGCUGCUAUAAUUUGCUGUGGAGAUCGGCCUGGCCUUCUAAACAUAGGCUACAUUGAGAAGUUGCAGGAGGGGAUUGUGCACGUGCUUAAGCUCCACCUGCAGAGCAACCAUCCGGAUGACACCUUCCUCUUCCCAAAGCUCCUUCAAAAAAUGGUGGACCUUCGGCAGCUGGUCACGGAGCAUGCGCAGCUCGUACAGGUCAUCAAGAAGACCGAGUCCGACGCAGCACUGCACCCACUGUUGCAAGAGAUCUACAGAGACAUGUACUGAUCUUUCCUGAGAUGGCAGGCCGUUGCCACUGUUCAGGAACCUCCGAGGUCUGCGGCCCCAUACAGGAGAGCAGGGAUUUGCACAGAGGGCCUCCCUCCUACACUUGGGGAUGAAGAGGGCUGAGCCUAGGUAAUGCGGGCUCUUCCCACAUCCUUACUUUCUGAAUGGGCACUUCUAAGACUACCUGCUACCGAAAUGGGGGUGAUCUGAGGCUAAUAGGAUUCAGACAGUGACAGACAACGGCAGUCCCCAUUGGUCUUAACCGGCCCAAUGUUAAUCAAUGCACAGCACUCUACGUUGCAUUCGCCAUUAAUUAACGGGUAACUUCAAAGUCUGAGUGGUCUGUUCCCUUCCUGCCAUCCUUCUGGCUGUGUGCACUCUCUUAAAUCCCUGAAAACUAAUCUGCACUUUUUUAACCUUUGAAAACCUACAAGUCAAGGUGUGGCCCAAGGUUAGCCAUUUAAAUGUGGC